AUGUAUAUUCCAAAGAAGUACUCGGAAUCAAAUUGGGAACAAAUUGAAUACUUGAUAAAAACUUAUCCCUUGGCCACGGUAAUCACAACUGAUAAAACUGGUAAAAUUAUAGCUAACCAUAUUCCAUUUUAUUUAAAAGAAGAUGGUGAUAAUUAUCAUUUAAUUGCUCAUAUUGCAAAAGCAAAUCCACAAUUACCUAGUCUUGAAGACAAUUCCAACGUAUUAGUCAUUUUCCAAUCUAACAAUACUUAUAUCACACCAAAUUAUUAUCCUGGUAAACAAGAAACUCAUAAAUAUGUUCCUACUUGGGAUUUCGCAAGUGCUCACAUAUAUGGAAGUUCUAAAAUAAUUGAUGAUUUUCAGUUUGUUAGAGAUCAAUUGAAUUAUUUGACCAAUCAACAAGAAGCUAAAAAGGAAACUGAUAAAUGGAAAGUUAGCGAUGCACCUGAGAAUUAUUUAAAUAUUAUGCAAAAGGCAAUUACUGGUUUACAAAUUUCAAUUGAAUCAACUGAAUGUAAAUUCAAAUUUGAACAAGGUAUGAAAGAAAAUGAUAUAAAUGGAGUUAUAAAUGGUUUAAAAAAUGACGGUAAAGUCGAUUUAUCAAAUCUUACAAAAGAAACAAAUAUUAGAGCAAAAUCAUCUAAACAAAAACAAUAA